UGGCACAACUCGUCAUUAUAUUAAUCUGAAGAUCCUAAUUAUAUUAGGUGAAUACAAUAAAAAAUUAUAUUAGUAUAGGUGAAUUAACAUCUGCGCAUAAUAUAAAUUUUUCAUAAAUAUUUUGUAUUCCCCGCAAGAAAAAAAAAACUGCGGACAGACUUGUUGGGCGGCGGCGGAUCUGGCCGACGCGGUGCUUGGAGGCGAGCUAGAGCGGUGGCUGGCGGCUAACUGGGCGGCCUCCGGUCUGGACUAGGUUGCGAGGUAUGGAUUAGCUAGAGCGAAGGGGCGGACGCCGGAGGAGGUCGCGGAGGUACGCCGGCCGACGCCCGCCACCUCAGCUUCCUCCUCCUCCCCCUCUUUCUCUACGCUCCGGACCCAGUGUGCCUUUAGCUCAAUCAAUCAAAUCAGAUCAAAUCAAGCAGCAAUGUGAGUGCUUUCAGCUUUGGUUGGGGCCUUCCUUCCUGCUUCCUCGAGCUUGCUUGCCCCUCCUGUUUCUUUCGGUUGGAACUGCAUGCUACGUACAAAAUUCACCAGCCAGCUGCUGCACAAGAUUUAAAGGAUCUGGGAACGAGCAUAAAUAUUGAGUCUCAUUUCAGGCUUUCGGCUCAGGAGGGAAAGAAAUCCAACUAUUUCGUCAGUCACAUUCUGCUGUCAUAUAUAUCGUCAGUUUGCAGAGGGCUCUCCAGGUAUUUCGACAAACUGCUUCAUGCUCCGCGUCAUUUCGAAAAUGAAACAAGCAUGAGUGUGAAGAGGGCAAAUCACAUUGAUUUAUCAGUACAUUCGUCCCACAUGGCACAUAUUCGGCCAGUGCAGAUCUCAUCUCAUUUGAUCUAGAAUGUCUUUGGACUGAAGAAAAGAAAGAUUCCCACUCCAUUCAUUAUGCUUUCUGGAAAGUGAGGUUUGUUGCAACUUUGGUUUGUAAUUUGAAUGCCCUGGCAAAGCAAAAAAAGGCUUCCUUCUCCCUUUUCAACCCAAUGCUCACGUUCCAGAAUGUCUUUGGACUGAAGAAAUGAAAGAUGCCAAUGUGAAAACUGAGGCUGCCAAGUCUUGCGCUUUGCACAUCCCAAUUAUUGCACUCACAACCCAUUAUGCUUGUGAAAACUGAGGACUGCUGCUGAGUCUUGCAACUUUAGUCCCAUCCAACUUUUUCCGUGAAGGCAUCAACAUGCACAUGGCGGUGCUUAAAGCUGUCUUCGUAUUUUAAUUUGAAUGGAACCAAAGUUGCAAGACCCACCGGCCUCACUUUUCAUUUUUUCAUUUGGACUGUAGAAAAAAAGACCACAAAAGCUUACUUCUCUCUUUAAUCCAAUGCUCACACAGACACAGCAGCAAUCAAACCACCACCAAGAAGUCCGAGAGGUUGCCUACCUCGCUGUGCCUUCUUACAAUCCACAAAGACAUCAAUAUUGUCGGCGGGUUCAGUAGGCUGCUGGCUGGGGAGCCAUGGCCAUGAGUGGGCUCGGGGGUGUGAUUGCGGGCGCGGUUGCGAAGCAGAUCGUCAGCAAGCUAUUGGUCGGCGGGGAAUACGCUGCGGCGGAAGUCACUCUGCAGUGGAGGUACAGAGAGCAGGUGCUGGAGAUGGGGGAGAAGAUGAAAGAUAUCGAGGCCGUGCUGGGCGAUGCCGAUGAGAGGUCGCGCCGAGGAGGAGAAGCCGGAAGAGUGUUUCAGCGGUGGCUUACCAAGUUCAAGCGUGUCGCCUAUGACGUCGAGGACGUGCUGGAUGAGUUGGACGCCGAUGACCUCAUCAGCAAGACCCAAUCCAAGGCCAGCUUAUGGUUUUCCAGAAACAAUCAACUCCUGCAGCGAAUGACCAUGCCCCACAAGAUGAAGAAGGUGAUGAAGAAAAUAGAUGGAAUCGAGAAGGAGGGCAAAACGAGGCUCAACCUUGUGCCUCAAGAAGCAAGGGGAGAAGGGAGCAGAAACAAUGAAACACUUGCAGCCAACUGGAAUGCUCAUGGAAUGGAAACAGGGAUGGUGGGGAGGGGUGUCGAGAAGGAGAAGAUAAUCAGCCUGCUACUCACAAGUGAAGAAGCUAACCAGGAUAUCUCCAUCAUUCCAGUUGUUGGCCUUGGUGGCAUAGGCAAGACGACGUUGGCUGAAUCGGUUCUUGCAGACAAGAGGGUCAGUGUCUUUGACGUCUCAGUCUGGGUUAAGGUGUCCAAGCAGUUUGAUUUGCACAAAAUUGGGAGUGCAAUCCUGAAAAGCAUGAUGAAUGGCACUAUCAACCUUGACAGCUGCGAUUUGCAGUCCCAACUGAAAAAAGAACUUGCUACUAGAAGAUACUUGAUUGUUCUGGAUGAUCUCUGGGAAGAAGAUGGAAAUAAUCUUGAAAGGUUGAAGGAGAUGUUACAGCAUGGCCGCAAGGGCAGCCGUAUUAUAGUAACUACCCGAAACCUACGCGUAGUGCAACAAUUGCGCACUGGUUUUCUUGCAAACCAGAGGAAAAUUUGCCCAGUUCAUGAGUCUGAAACGGUAGAGUUGGGUGUUUUAGAACCUGGUGACUGUUGGGAAUUAAUGAAGCAAAGGGCAUUUGGGCCUGAUGAUGACCACAGUGGCUUGGAAGAAGUUGGAAAGCAGAUUGCCGCCAAGUGUGGGGGUUUACCGCUCGUGGCAAAUGCUCUUGGGCAAGUAAUGUCGGAGCUAAGGACCGUGGGGGCAUGGGAAGAUAUAAGAGACACCAAGGUUGAUUUGGGUUUGAGAGAAGGACAUCAGAAAGAAACAUUAGAGAGGCUAAUGCUGAGCUAUUGCUACAUGAAGCUAGAAUUCAAAAUGUGUUUCACGUACUUGGCAGCCUUCUCCAAGGGCUUUGUCAUGGACAGCAAUCGUCUAAUCCAGCAAUGGAAUGCACUUGGAUACAUUUGUCCAGGGUACGAUGGUCAAAGGUGCAUCAACUACCUUUUGGGCAUGUCCUUUCUUCGGAUUCCAGGAUCCGCUUCGGUUAAUCCAAGUCCAUUGCAUUUCAAAGCUCCUCCAGAGCUCGUCAUGCAUGAUUUGGUGCAUGAUCUCGCAUCAAUAAUUGUUGCUGAUGAAUUCAUUGAUCUGGAUGCUACCAAAAGCACCCAGAGGUCAGAUCUGAAGAACAGAGCCCGUUACUGCCGACAUGCACAGUUAACCAACUUCAAGAAUGAUCCUGAGGUUUUCAAAUAUAUUCCACACAAGCUUAGAUCCCUCCACUUUAGGGAUUUGGAGGGACUGCAACUCCCGAAAAAGGCAUUUUCUCGGUCCAAGUACAUACGUGUCCUGGACCUAAGUGGACAUUCAGCUAAUCGCCAAUCUGCUCCAAGUAGCGUGGUGCUGCCAUCUUCUGUUAAGCAAUUGAAGCUAAUUAGGUACCUUGAUGCCACAGGCUUGCCAAUAACAUCACUUCCUAAGUAUUUUCAUGAGCUUCAAAACAUGGAAACAAUUAUUCUGUCCAAUUCCUUGCUUGAAACCUUGCCUGAUAGUAUUUGUCGCCUCAGCAAACUUUGCUAUUUGGACCUUUCUGGCAGUAGCAGCCUCAGUAAGCUACCUGCAUCACUUGGGGAGCUCGCUCAACUCUUUUUCCUCAAUCUAUCCGGGUGUUGUAUACUCCAAGAGUUGCCCGAAUCAAUCUGUGAGCUUACAUGCUUGCACCACCUAGACAUGUCAGAUUGUCGUGCUCUUCAAAAGCUCCCUGAUAAUUUUGGUAGCCUUCUUAAACUCUCAUUCUUAAACUUGUCAAGUUGUUCAAAGCUCACUAAACUACCUGACAAUCUUAGCUUUCCGUGUUUAGAGCAUCUGAACCUAUCGAGUUGCCAUGAGCUAGAAAACCUACCAAUUGAUUUCGGUUACCUUCAGAAACUCGAGUUUGUGAACCUCUCUGGUUGCUACAAGGUUUCAAUGCUGCCAGGAUCAUUUUGCCAACUUAAUCAUUUGAAACACCUAGAUCUAUCAGAUUGUUAUCGCCUCGAAGAACUCCCUGAAUGUUUUGAUCACCUCUUCGAGCUUGAAUAUUUGAACCUGACAAGUUGUCCUAAACUCCGACAAUUACCAGAGUCAAUAUGCAAGUUGUCUAAGCUGAGGUGUCUCUAUUUGUCAUACUGUCUGAGUCUCAAUGAGCUUCCCUCCUCAUUUGGUGACCUUAAGCUUCAGAUACUGCACAUGAAUGGCCUUGUACUUAUGAGUGACUGCCCUGAUAGCAUUGGUGACAUGACUAGUCUCACCCAGUUGGUCCUUGAUAAUCCAUCUUCUGCUAUGCUUGAAAAGGCUCGAGCCAUUGAAAAGCGUCUGAAUCUUGUGGGCACAGUAGAGCACCAUGUACAUGAGAUAGAGAGUAGAGGAUGCAGCAGUAUAGUGGAUCUUGUGGGAUUGACUUGUUCAGAGCUGAUGCUUCUAGGCCUUCAGAAUGUCAGGCAGCCAGAAGAUGCAGACAGAGUCAAACUGCGUGAUAAAUCAAAUAUUCGAGUACUAAAACUUCUAUGGGAAAAUGAAGGAGGUAAAUCUGUGCUGGACAGGCUUGUACCUCCUCGGACUCUUGAAAACUUUUGGCUAGCUGGGUAUAUGAGCAAGGAUUUCCCUAACUGGAUGUUUCAAAUCUCGUCCUACCUCCCUUUUCUCAGUGAACUGGCUCUUAAUAAUUUGCAAGCAUGUGAUUGUCUUCCUCCAUUCGGUACACUACCAAAUUUAAGAAGGCUGUGUCUGCUAAAAAUUCCCAACAUUAGGAAAGUCGGCAAGGAGUUCUAUGGAGAGGGUGGACCUUGUAUGAAACUAACGGUACUGGUAUUGACAUUGAUGGAGAAUUUGGAGGAAUGGUGGACAACAGAGUCAAGUAAAGAAGACGAAGAGUUUCUAAUCCCUAAUUUGCAUCAUUUGGAAAUAAUGGACUGCCCAAGGUUGAAGUUCCUACCAUAUCCCCCAAGAAGUAUGAAUUGGGUUUUGGGCAACAGUGAGAAGGUUUUGCCAGAACAAGGAUUUGGAAAUCUCUCCUCUUCCAUUCGUCCUUCUUUGAUGGUUCUAAAGCGCUGUAGUUUCUCUCAACAUAAGUGGGAUGGACUUCAACACUUUCCCACCCUUGAGAAAUUUCAGGUAAUAUCGGUCAGUGGAUUUAGGACUUUGCCAGAGGUCAUGCGAUGCUUCACCUCUCUCACUGAACUACAUUUGAAGUCGUUGAAGGACUUGGAGGCACUCCCGGUAUGGUUGGGCGACCUCGGUUCUCUAGAAGAAAUUGGAAUCAAUGAUUGCCCCAACCUUACAUCUUUGCCUGAGAGCAUGAAGAACCUCACCGCUCUUAGAAAACUGAAGUUGAAUGAGUGCAAAGGCCUGGAAACAUUACUGGAAUCGUUGGGACAGUUGACUUCUCUAGCAGAAAUUUUAAUCCACAACUGCCCCAACCUGACAUCUUUGCCUGAAAACAUGAAGAACCUCACCUCUGUUAGAAAACUGGAGUUGGCAGAGUGCAAAGACAUGGACCCAUUACCGGGAUCAUUGGGACAGAUGACUUCUCUAGAAGAAAUUUUAAUCUUUGAUUGCCCCAACCUGACAUCUUUGCCUGAAAGCAUGAAGAGCCUCAGCGCUCUUAGAAAAUUGACUUUGAUAAAGUGCAAAGGCCUGGAAACAUUACCGGGAUCGUUGGGACAGUUGACUUCUCUAGAAGAACUUCUAAUCGGUGAUUGCCAGAAACUAACAUCUUUGCCUGAAAGCAUCAAGAACCUCAUUGCUCUUAAAAUACUGAAGUUGACAGAGUGCCAAGGCCUGGAGAUAUUACCGGAAUGGUUGGGUGAGUUGACUUCCCUAGAAGAAAUUUUAAUCAGCCAUUACCCCAACAUGACAUCUUUGCCUGAAAGCAUGAAGAACCUCACCGCUCUUAAAAGUCUGACGUUGCUAGUGUGCAACGGCCUGGAGAUAUUACCAGAAUGGUUGGGACAGUUGACUUCUCUAGAAGAAAUUUUACUCGGCGAUUGCAACAACCUGACUUCUUUGCCUGAAAGCAUGAAGAACCUCACUACUCUUAAAAAGCUAAGCUUGGUAAAGUGCGAAGGCCUGGAAACAUUGCCGGCAUCAUUGGGACAGUUGACUUCUCUAGAAGAAAUUUCAAUUGGCAGUUGCGCCAAUCUGACAUCUUUGCCUGAAAGCAUGAACCUCACCGCUCUUAGAAAAUUGAUGUUGACAGAGUGCAAAGGUCUGGUAACAUUACCGGGAUUGUUGGGACAGUUGACUUCUCUAGAAGAAAUUUUAAUCGGCAACUGCCCCAACCUGAUAUCCUUGCCUGAAAGCAUGAAGAACCUCACCGCUCUUAGAAAAUUGAUGUUGACAGAAUGCAAAGGCCUGGAAACAUUACCGGGGUCGUUGGGUCAGUUGACUUCUUUAGAAGAAAUUGUAAUCACCAAGUGCCCCAACCUGACAUCUUUUCCUGAAAGCAUGAAGAACCUCACCGCUCUUACAAAAUUGAGGUUUGAAGAGUGCAAAGCCCUCGAAACAUUACCGGGAUGGUUGGGACAGUUGACUUCUCUAGAAGAAAUUAUACUCAGCGGUUACCCCAACCUGACAUCUUUGCCUGAAAGCAUGAAGAACCUUACUGCUCUUAGAAGACUCUGGUUGAGAAAUUGCAAAGGCAUGGAAACAUUACCGGGAUGGUUGGGACAGUUGACUUCUCUAGAGCAACUUAUCACCUGUGAUUGCCCCAACCUGAUAUCUUUGCCUGAAAGCAUACGGAGUCUCUCUGCUUUGAAGCUACUCAAAAUUGUUCGAUGUCCAAGGCUGAUUGUGAGGUGCCAUAGGGAGGAUGCCUAUAAGAUUCGUCACAUCCCCACAGUCGAAUUCUGGUGAUCAAGGAGUUAAAAACUGUGAAGCAAGCAAUGCACUGAUCCAUUGUACAAAAUUGUUGGUCUCUUAUGCAGAGCUCGUUUUCUGAGGUCAUCGUUGAUUCGUCGCCCAGCCACCUGUCCCAUCUUUGCUCCCGGUGGAUACAUACGUGGUGCUCUACUACUGCAUACCAACAAGUGUUGGAGGUUGCCCUGUUGGUCCCAGGCGCUGCAGAGGAGGGUUUACAUCUGUUCCAGACUUGCCGAAUCUCACACAAGAUCAAUUUCACAAUGCAAAAGAUGAGGCAAAGCUCAAUUCCAGGGAGCAGUUACUUUCGGACCAAGCUCGCUGGGAUUCUCAAGGAGCAUGUUUUGAUGGAGGAAGAGCUCUCAAGUAGCUGACUGACUAAUGUUGUUCUACUCUGGAGUACUUGUCCAUGAUUACUAUUGUGAUUCAGAAAGGGAUUAAAAGGUCAUGGUUCUUGUGCCCGAGGAGAGAGCAACCCCUGCUAUAUAUUCCCCGUCAGCUCAAACCUCAUAGUGCACAUCUUGGGGCUGCUUGUGGACAAUACUAGGUAUCGGGCGUGCUGCUUCAGGUGACCGGGACGGGCAUGAUGAAUAAUAUACCACGCUGAAUUGGGCGCCCAGGGAAUGGAAAACAACAACAGUGCGCCGUCUCAUUUUGCCAUGCUGGUGGACUGGGAGCAGCCAUGCGCCCAGGGAAUGGAAGACAACAAUGCGCCGUCCCUGGCCUCCUCGGCUCCUUCUCUGAGGCCAUUUAGCCACCCACCUCGCCAUCUCUGCUCCUAGUGGUUACAUACGAGGGUAUGGUGUUCUGUGCUGGAGUUGGUCCCAGCUGCUGCAGGGGAGAGGAGGCUUAAGUCACAGUUUUGCAGAAGAUGGAUUUCACAAUGCAAAAGACGAGGUCGAGCUCAAGGAAGAGGGCCAAUUCCAGGGAGCAGUUUCUUUCAGACCAAAGCUCGCUGGGACUCUCAAGGAACAUAUUUUGAUGGCGGAAGGAAGAGCUCUGGAGUAACUGACUAAUGUUGUCCUACUCUAGUGCUUGUCAAUAAUCACUGGUGUGGUGUGAUUCUUCUGCCCAAGGAGAGCUCCGAGCCUGCUAUAUAUUCCCCGUCAGCUCUGAGGCUACAACCCCGUAAGAGAGGAGCGUCCAUCUUGGGCCUGGCUGUGCAAAUUGCAAAAUGCUAUCGGGUGCGAACACUUGCUCGGCAUCACCGCUCUUUCCUGUCGGUUGCUGUGUGAGGGUUGCGCAUGGUGCUUCCAUGGUUUUCUGAAAAAAAGAGACAAAAUCGGUGCUAUAAAAACGCCGUGCUUGAAGCAAUUUGGAGGUCCAUUUUUGUGUUUUUUUUUUCCAAGAAUACUCUGGAUGUCAGUUCUUUGCGGAACUUCACAUGUGAGUAGAAUAGUUGACCAGGUUUGUAAACCUAAAACUUUAGAAUUGUUUGAUUUUCUUUUGGCUAUUUUCAGCCUUUUCUGUCCAUACCAUUGCAUUUUCGCUUAUAAUAGUCAUAAAGAACAACCUUCUGUGUUUCA